AUGGUGGGGAGUCGUAGAGCGGAUGUUUUUUUCCUGGAGGAGUGGGACGUCGGCUUAGCCAAAGGUGUCACUCACCACAUAAGGCUGAGAGACCCUCGACCAUUCAGGGAGAGAUCUCGCAGAAUCGCACCUGCUGACAUUGAAGAUGUCCGACGCCAUCUACAAGAACUGCUGGCAGCCGGCAUAAUCAAAGAGUCACGCAGUCCGUAUGCUUCCCCGAUUGUCAUAGUCAGGAAGAAGAAUGGCAAGGUGCGGAUGUGUAUUGAUUACCGUCUACUGAACUCCAGAACCAUCCCAGACCAGUACACUAUGCCACGCAUAGAUGAUGCACUGGAUUGUCUGACAGGAAGCAAGUGGUUUUCGGUACUGGACCUGAGAAGUGGAUAUUACCAAGUGGAGAUGUCUGAGGCUGAUAAAGAGAAAACAGCUUUUAUCUGUCCUCUUGGGUUUUUCCAGUUUGAGAGGAUGCCUCAAGGCAUCACUGGCGCACCCGCAACCUUUCAAAGGUUAAUGGAGAGAGCUGUUGGAGACAUGAACCUGAUUCAAGUCCUUGUGUAUCUGGAUGACCUUAUUGUGUUUGGCAGGACACUGGAGGAGCACGAGGAACGGUUACUUAAAGUCCUGGACCGGCUGGAGGAAUGUGGUCUCAAAGUCUCCAUUGACAAAUGCCAAUUUUGCCAACCCCAGGUGAAGUUCUUGGGACACAUUGUCUCUGCCUCUGGAGUUGCCACUGAUCCUGAGAAAGUGAGUGCGGUGACUCACUGGAAGAAACCCACUGAUCUGAAAUCCCUAAGAUCUUUUCUCGGAUUUUGUGGAUACUACCGGCGGUUCAUCAAGAACUACUCCGCCAUAGUCCGCCCUUUGACAGAACUGACCAAGGGAUACCCUCCUGCACAGGGUAGCAAAAAGGGUGUCACUAAAGGAAAGCAAAAUAGCUACUUUCGAGUUGCCGAGCCUUUUGGUGAUCGGUGGACCCCAGCUUGUGAUGACGCCUUUCAGAGCAUUGUUUACAAGCUCACACAUGCUCCAGUCUUGGCAUUUGCUGAUCCAGCCAAACCAUACAUCCUACAUGUUGAUGCAAGUUUGGAUGGGCUAGGAGCAGUCCUGAACCAAGAGUGCCCAGAAGGACUCCGCCCGGUAGCGUUUGCCAGCCGCAAGUUGAGUCAUGCAGAACGGAACUACCCAGUUCACCAACUGGAGUUUUUGGCUCUGAAAUGGGCAGUAGUGGAAAAGUUCCAUGACUACCUUUAUGGGGCUAAGUUCACGGUGCGAACUGAUAAUAACCCACUCACCUACGUCCUGACCACUGCCAGGUUGAACGCGACAGGUCAUCGGUGGCUAGCAGCACUCUCCACCUAUGAUUUUAGUAUUCAAUAUAAGCCCGGCCGUGAAAAUGUGGAUGCCGACUCACUGUCCAGGAGUCCGCAAGACACAACAGAUGGAUGGGUGGAUAUCCCACCUUCUGGGGCAAAAGCUUUGUGUCGUCGGAUCACUACAGAUGGUUUUCAAGAACACACCACCAGAUUUGUUGACCAGCUGGGUGUUUCGCCGGACGCCAUUCCAGCUUUAUAUGCAAACUUCACUCAGAUAGAAGUGGGCCCGCUGGAACAGCUAAGCCUGAAAGAACUGUCAGAAGCCCAAGACUCUGAUCCAGUUAUAGGUGUGGUGAAACCUCAGGUUGAGAGAAACCAAAGUGUUUCAGCUUCCACGCAUCCAAACCCAGAUGUUGUGUUGCUGAUGCGAGAAAGAUCCAAGUUAAAGGUUAAGCGUGGCCUUCUGUACAGAGUCACCACAAGACCCUCUGGUCGAGAAGUGAGUCAGAUCGUCUUGCCUGCUAAGUAUCGGCCAAUGGUACUAAAAUCAGUGCAUGAUGAUGCUGGUCACCUGGGCACAGAACGAACUACAGAGCUCAUUAAAGACCGGUUUUACUGGCCCAGAGUGGCAUCUGAAGUUGCAACAUACAUACAGAACUGUGGAAGGUGUGUAGCUAGGAAGUCCAUCCCACAGAAAGCUGCCCCUUUACACCACAUUACCAGUAAUGGCCCUCUAGACCUGGUCUGCAUAGACUUUCUUUCUAUUGAGCCAGACUCUAAAGGCAUAGCUAAUGUGCUGGUUGUCACUGAUCAUUACACCAGGUAUGCUCAAGCAUUUCCCACAAAAGAUCAGAAAGCACUGACUGUCGCCAAAGUCCUUUUUGAAAAGUUCUUUGUGCAUUAUGGAUUGCCGGCUCGCAUUCACUCAGACCAGGGUAGAGAUUUUGAGAGCAAGCUCAUUAAGGAGCUAUUGACCCUGCUGGGCAUUCGUAAGUCCCGAACGUCACCUUACCACCCUCAGGGUGACCCGCAGCCUGAGCGUUUCAACCGUACUUUGCUGGCAAUGUUGGGCACCCUGGAUUCAGCUAAAAAGCCUAAGUGGAGCCAGCAUAUAAGCCAGCUAGUACAUGCUUACAACACCACUAGAAAUGAUGCCACAGGAUACUCGCCCUACUUCCUCAUGUUUGGAAGAGAGGCGCGACUACCCAUUGACCUGUGUUUUGGUGUGGGGUCAGAUGAAGAAAAUGACUUAAAGCACCACCAGUAUGUGGCUAACAUGAGAAAAGAACUUCAAAAAGCUUACCAGCUAGCCGCUGAUGCAGCUUCCAGGAACAAUGAACGAAACAAGAGACUGUAUGAUGCGAGAGUUCGGAAUCAGACACUUGAGGAAGGUGAUCGGGUGCUGGUUCGGAAUCUGGGCCUCACAGGAAAGCACAAACUACAAGACAGAUGGAAAUCACUACCUUACAUAGUGAUCGCCAAGUUACCCAAUCUCCCUGUGUAUCGUGUAAAACCAGAGAGAGGAACUGGUAUUGUGAGGACCGUGCAUAGGGAUCACCUGCUGCCCAUUGGUUACAUGGUCAGGAUGUCUGCUACAUCAGAAAAGACAGCGCGACCAAAGAGACCAAGGACCAGGGCACAGCAAGUAAGGUGUGAAGAUGAAAGUCAGACACAAAAUUUGGAGCAUCUGAGUGAAGAUGAUUGGUCCUCAGAGUCUGAAGAACAGUGUGUCUACUAUGAACCUCCUUUAGCCUUUCGCGACAGUGUUGAACCUCGACGUGAGGAGGUUGUGAGCCUUCCUGACCAUAUGGAAAGUGAUCAUCCCAGUGUUCAUGAAUUGUCCGAGGUGGAGGAACAAGGGGAAGAACUCUCAGUAGUAGUAGAUCAGACGGAGGAAAGUUCACAGCAACACCAAGACUUGGUGGGGGCUGAAGAGCUGGAGGACAGAGAUGUUCCUACACCUAGUAUCUCAGUUGGGGGUGCUGACUCACCAUAUGACCUCCAAACAAAAAGGAGAGUGAGACCUGUUUUGCGCCUCAGUUAUGAUGAACUUGGAAGGCCCACUGACAGACCUGUGACUAUUAGUUACCGAGGUAUGGUAAUUCAGAUUUGCUACGACCCUGACUCCCACACCAGCAUUAGGGUUUGUAUGAUGACUACUCGAAAAGAGUCUCAAAUUGCACCUGAGCUUAGUAGCUGGUGCAGUAAAGCAGGUAUAGACCCAAACCGGGCUUUUGUACUGCAUGAUGUUCCUUCUGAUUUUGACUUAUCAGACAUUGAAGAGACAGCUCAGUCAGUGAAAGCUUUUGGAAGAGUAAAAGUGAGAGAUAGACUAAGAGACACCCAGACAGGCAAUAACCUUGUGCUGUGUGAAUGCCGUCAAGCUACUCAGCCAGACCGCAUACCACCACAUGUACAGCCAUUGAAUGGAGGUCCUGUCUGGAAGAUUUCCCUCCUCACUGAAUCUGUGAGGUCAGUUGAUGACUUCUCAGCCAAGCUUAAGAAACUAAUGGUAGAAGAAGGCAAAACAAUUGAUGAUGUUAGUGCCUUGCUGUCUACUGAAACCCCACAGGAAAACUCCCUUGAAUCCAUCAUUCGGGCAGUCGGAGACCUGUUAGUGAAAACUAUGCGACCUACCAGUGAGAAUACUGCAUCUCGACGUCUGCGGAUAUUCUCUGGCCACUCUCCCACUCCAGCAGGUGAGGAGAGCCUGGAUAGCUGGGUUGAGCAGGCUCGCCUGAUGAUUGAAGAGUGUGACUGCUCUGAGAGAGAGAAGCGAAGGAGAGUAGUUGAGAGCCUAAAGGGACCGGCGUUGGAGAUCAUCCAAGCUGUACGCCGAGAUAACCCUGAUGCUAGCCCGGAGAGCUAUGUAGAGUCUCUAGAAAGUGCAUUUGGAUCCCUGGAGUCAGGUGAAGACUUGUACCUCACCUUCAGGAGCCUGGGUCAACAGCGAGGAGAAAAGCUGUCAGACUUCCUGAGAAGAUUGGAACGCUCUCUGACCAAGGUAGUGCAGAGAGGGGGUCUCCCUAGCCAUCGAGUCGACCGUGCACGUAUUGACCAGCUUAUACGGGGUGCAACUGAGUCAGAGAUAAUGUUACUGCAGCUAAGACUCAGAGAAAGAAAGGAAGAGCCACCCGCUUUCCUGAAGCUGCUCAGUGAGAUUCGAGAAGAAGAAGACCAUGCAAGAGUGAGGCAUGAGUCAAACACCACAGUUAGACAAGUGAAAGUUGGUGAAGAGACAAAAGCCAAAUCGACAGAGGUUCAAGAGCUCAAAGCCGAGAUCAAAGAGUUACGCUCUGAGCUUAAAGAGUUAACAAGCAAGCGCUCAGAUGCCGAGCUAAUGUUGAAACAAACCAAGAAAGUUGCUGAGACUGGCGCGGAGAAUGAAGUCCAACAGUUAAAGCAGCAAGUUCAACAGUUACAACACCAGCUGACUGUUAUGGCAGUGUCACAGGGUUCAACCCAAACUGACUCAACAAAGAGAGAUGGGAGGGCCAGACGAAGCAAGGUAAACAGACCAUAUGCUGCAAAAGAUUCAGAAAGUUAUUUCUGUUACCGGUGUGGGGAGAAUGGCCAUAUUGCCACCCACUGCAUGGCUCCUGAAAACACUGCCAAAGUAAUUCAGAGGCUACUCGGAGCCCUUCGUAGGAGCAAAGGGGGAAAAGGAGCUACAGGUGGCGCUUCUGAGCCCACACAGGUCGGUUCCAUCCGGAAAAGUUCCGUGCACACAUCCUCACAGGAUGGACUCCCAGAAGGAUUGGUUGGCCCGUCCAUGAUGACCGAUGUGACCAUAGAAGGACAACCAUGUAAAGCUCUCCUUGACAGCGGCUCUCGAGUCACCAUUAUAUUUGAGAGCUGGUAUUCCCGUUUCAUCCCCAAUGUGCCCAUUCUUCCUUUAAAAGAUCUCGCCAUAUGGGGACUGAGUGAUUCCAACUACCCAUACAAGGGGUAUGUGGCAGUUGAGGUGGGUUUUCCCCCCAACUCAAAGGAAGCUGUAGAGACAGUCACUGUCUUGGCCUUGGUGUGUCCAGAUCCAAAGAGCCCAGACCCGGUUCCUGUCAUCAUUGGCACUAACUCCCAGAAACUGCAUUCUCUGCUGAGAGAUUGUGAAGAGGUAGGAGGGAAAGAUGAGAUUCACUCACUGAGGAUAAAUAGUCUCUCCUCAGAACUGCCCUCAUCACUCAUUAGCCAACAAACAGGCGUGGUGGGUCAUGUGAAGUGGCAAGGCCCCGGGCCAAUCACUAUCCCUCCUUGUGCAGUACAGUAUGCAGUUUGUAAGGUGGAACAACAGCAGCCAUUAGACAAAAGUAUUCUAAUGGUGGAGGUGGGCGAAUCUACAAACCUCCCAGCUGGAGUGUUGGUCCCACCUGUAGUACUACCAUCUUCUGAGAUGGACACUAACAGUUUCACACUUCUGCUAAGAAACGAGUCCCAAAGAGAGACUAUUGUCCCCACUGGUACAGUGCUAGCUCAGGUGUACUUGGUGGACACUGUCACUGAGUUAACAAAGACCUCUGCCCAAGAAAGGUCUAUUAACCCUGAACUGUUUGACUUUGGAGAUUCUCCUAUCCCUGAAGAGUGGAAAGCCAGGUUAGCAGCAAAGUUAUCAAAAAGAGCGGAUGUUUUUUUCCUGGAGGAGUGGGACGUCGGCUUAGCCAAAGGUGUCACUCACCACAUAAGGCUGAGAGACCCUCGACCAUUCAGGGAGAGAUCUCGCAGAAUCGCACCUGCUGACAUUGAAGAUGUCCGACGCCAUCUACAAGAACUGCUGGCAGCCGGCAUAAUCAAAGAGUCACGCAGUCCGUAUGCUUCCCCGAUUGUCAUAGUCAGGAAGAAGAAUGGCAAGGUGCGGAUGUGUAUUGAUUACCGUCUACUGAACUCCAGAACCAUCCCAGACCAGUACACUAUGCCACGCAUAGAUGAUGCACUGGAUUGUCUGACAGGAAGCAAGUGGUUUUCGGUACUGGACCUGAGAAGUGGAUAUUACCAAGUGGAGAUGUCUGAGGCUGAUAAAGAGAAAACAGCUUUUAUCUGUCCUCUUGGGUUUUUCCAGUUUGAGAGGAUGCCUCAAGGCAUCACUGGCGCACCCGCAACCUUUCAAAGGUUAAUGGAGAGAGCUGUUGGAGACAUGAACCUGAUUCAAGUCCUUGUGUAUCUGGAUGACCUUAUUGUGUUUGGCAGGACACUGGAGGAGCACGAGGAACGGUUACUUAAAGUCCUGGACCGGCUGGAGGAAUGUGGUCUCAAAGUCUCCAUUGACAAAUGCCAAUUUUGCCAACCCCAGGUGAAGUUCUUGGGACACAUUGUCUCUGCCUCUGGAGUUGCCACUGAUCCUGAGAAAGUGAGUGCGGUGACUCACUGGAAGAAACCCACUGAUCUGAAAUCCCUAAGAUCUUUUCUCGGAUUUUGUGGAUACUACCGGCGGUUCAUCAAGAACUACUCCGCCAUAGUCCGCCCUUUGACAGAACUGACCAAGGGAUACCCUCCUGCACAGGGUAGCAAAAAGGGUGUCACUAAAGGAAAGCAAAAUAGCUACUUUCGAGUUGCCGAGCCUUUUGGUGAUCGGUGGACCCCAGCUUGUGAUGACGCCUUUCAGAGCAUUGUUUACAAGCUCACACAUGCUCCAGUCUUGGCAUUUGCUGAUCCAGCCAAACCAUACAUCCUACAUGUUGAUGCAAGUUUGGAUGGGCUAGGAGCAGUCCUGAACCAAGAGUGCCCAGAAGGACUCCGCCCGGUAGCGUUUGCCAGCCGCAAGUUGAGUCAUGCAGAACGGAACUACCCAGUUCACCAACUGGAGUUUUUGGCUCUGAAAUGGGCAGUAGUGGAAAAGUUCCAUGACUACCUUUAUGGGGCUAAGUUCACGGUGCGAACUGAUAAUAACCCACUCACCUACGUCCUGACCACUGCCAGGUUGAACGCGACAGGUCAUCGGUGGCUAGCAGCACUCUCCACCUAUGAUUUUAGUAUUCAAUAUAAGCCCGGCCGUGAAAAUGUGGAUGCCGACUCACUGUCCAGGAGUCCGCAAGACACAACAGAUGGAUGGGUGGAUAUCCCACCUUCUGGGGCAAAAGCUUUGUGUCGUCGGAUCACUACAGAUGGUUUUCAAGAACACACCACCAGAUUUGUUGACCAGCUGGGUGUUUCGCCAGACGCCAUUCCAGCUUUAUAUGCAAACUUCACUCAGAUAGAAGUGGGCCCGCUGGAACAGCUAAGCCUGAAAGAACUGUCAGAAGCCCAAGACUCUGAUCCAGUUAUAGGUGUGGUGAAACCUCAGGUUGAGAGAAACCAAAGUGUUUCAGCUUCCACGCAUCCAAACCCAGAUGUUGUGUUGCUGAUGCGAGAAAGAUCCAAGUUAAAGGUUAAGCGUGGCCUUCUGUACAGAGUCACCACAAGACCCUCUGGUCGAGAAGUGAGUCAGAUCGUCUUGCCUGCUAAGUAUCGGCCAAUGGUACUAAAAUCAGUGCAUGAUGAUGCUGGUCACCUGGGCACAGAACGAACUACAGAGCUCAUUAAAGACCGGUUUUACUGGCCCAGAGUGGCAUCUGAAGUUGCAACAUACAUACAGAACUGUGGAAGGUGUGUAGCUAGGAAGUCCAUCCCACAGAAAGCUGCCCCUUUACACCACAUUACCAGUAAUGGCCCUCUAGACCUGGUCUGCAUAGACUUUCUUUCUAUUGAGCCAGACUCUAAAGGCAUAGCUAAUGUGCUGGUUGUCACUGAUCAUUACACCAGGUAUGCUCAAGCAUUUCCCACAAAAGAUCAGAAAGCACUGACUGUCGCCAAAGUCCUUUUUGAAAAGUUCUUUGUGCAUUAUGGAUUGCCGGCUCGCAUUCACUCAGACCAGGGUAGAGAUUUUGAGAGCAAGCUCAUUAAGGAGCUAUUGACCCUGCUGGGCAUUCGUAAGUCCCGAACGUCACCUUACCACCCUCAGGGUGACCCGCAGCCUGAGCGUUUCAACCGUACUUUGCUGGCAAUGUUGGGCACCCUGGAUUCAGCUAAAAAGCCUAAGUGGAGCCAGCAUAUAAGCCAGCUAGUACAUGCUUACAACACCACUAGAAAUGAUGCCACAGGAUACUCGCCCUACUUCCUCAUGUUUGGAAGAGAGGCGCGACUACCCAUUGACCUGUGUUUUGGUGUGGGGUCAGAUGAAGAAAAUGACUUAAAGCACCACCAGUAUGUGGCUAACAUGAGAAAAGAACUUCAAAAAGCUUACCAGCUAGCCGCUGAUGCAGCUUCCAGGAACAAUGAACGAAACAAGAGACUGUAUGAUGCGAGAGUUCGGAAUCAGACACUUGAGGAAGGUGAUCGGGUGCUGGUUCGGAAUCUGGGCCUCACAGGAAAGCACAAACUACAAGACAGAUGGAAAUCACUACCUUACAUAGUGAUCGCCAAGUUACCCAAUCUCCCUGUGUAUCGUGUAAAACCAGAGAGAGGAACUGGUAUUGUGAGGACCGUGCAUAGGGAUCACCUGCUGCCCAUUGGUUACAUGGUCAGGAUGUCUGCUACAUCAGAAAAGACAGCGCGACCAAAGAGACCAAGGACCAGGGCACAGCAAGUAAGGUGUGAAGAUGAAAGUCAGACACAAAAUUUGGAGCAUCUGAGUGAAGAUGAUUGGUCCUCAGAGUCUGAAGAACAGUGUGUCUACUAUGAACCUCCUUUAGCCUUUCGCGACAGUGUUGAACCUCGACGUGAGGAGGUUGUGAGCCUUCCUGACCAUAUGGAAAGUGAUCAUCCCAGUGUUCAUGAAUUGUCCGAGGUGGAGGAACAAGGGGAAGAACUCUCAGUAGUAGUAGAUCAGACGGAGGAAAGUUCACAGCAACACCAAGACUUGGUGGGGGCUGAAGAGCUGGAGGACAGAGAUGUUCCUACACCUAGUAUCUCAGUUGGGGGUGCUGACUCACCAUAUGACCUCCAAACAAAAAGGAGAGUGAGACCUGUUUUGCGCCUCAGUUAUGAUGAACUUGGAAGGCCCACUGACAGACCUGUGACUAUUAGUUACCGAGGUAUGGUAAUUCAGAUUUGCUACGACCCUGACUCCUAAAUGUUAAUGCACUAGCCAGUACUCUUUAGUGAGAUUUUAACUGGCCUAAUGAAAAUAGGUCUGAUGGGGACAUUCAGACAUUCAGAAGGGGGAGGGUGUAGCCCUGGCUAUAUAAGUAGCUCAUUAUUUCAAUUUGUUCAUUAAUAUUGAUAGUUAAUUGCAAAUGUUUAAUGUGUUCAAGAAUGUAUACAAAUGCCUGCAAAGUAUGUGAUGUGUGUCAGUUAAAUGCACAACCUUUUUAUUUGUAUUUUGAGGUUUAUGUCAUUAUUUUUGAUAUGGUAUUGAUAUGUACUACAGCUCCAGUGAACCCUGAAGUAGUCUCAGGUAGAGGGGUGGGAGUAAGUGGGGAGCCGUGUGCACUCUGCAGGAAGCGAGAGAGACGAGAGCUGAACAGUGUCGAGUGAACGCAGAGUUCAUAGAAGGGCGACAGACGCAUUUUCGGGUUGACGGAUAGUUAACUGGAGUCGAGAACUGUUGUACCCUACUGUGAGUAGGAGGAGACGGACGUCUUGCUGGCGUGUCAGAGAGGUCCCUUCUGCUGGUGUGCUGAAGUUAUGUGUUCACGUGGGAGCACGUGGAAAGGACGACUGUGAGUGCUGCUGCCGCGGCCUGCUGGUAGCCGUGACCCAGUUUCCCCGCUAUCCCUUGAACUGCCUGGAGGUGUGAGUACUGUUGUUUGCACGUGCUUUUUAUUUUUACUGCUUGGCAACAAGUGAAGCGACCAUAUUGUUUUAGGUCCCAACGCACCCGAGCCACGACUCAGGCCUGCAACGAGGGGUUUGCUAGCAGAAAGACUGUAGCACUUGAGGUGUGUGUGUGUGUUGGUGAGAGUGCGUGUGGGCCCACAAUAUUAUUUGAUUAUUUUGUUUCUGUUGAGGUAGAUACCUUACCAUUGUUUAACAAACUUUAUUGAUUUUACUUAUUUUCUUUGUGUUGUUAAUUAAGCAUUCACUAAAGUGGAGUUAACUUUAUAAUUGACCUGCUUGUGUGUGAUUUAUUUCCAUAUAGUGUAGUUUUAUUGCAUAUUUAAUACCAUAAGCAUUAAAAAGGGAGUAUCAAUAGGAAAGUAACAACAGGAACCCAGGGCCCCUCUCAAUAGAACGUGGGACGGGUG